AUGUAUCCGACCGACGCACUCUUUUAUGCGUUCGAAUUACCGCCCAAUGAUGAUGACGAUGCAGUGCAAAGUGUCACUGUUAACGCUGACAACGCAAGUGAUAUAUGCAGUGCCGCUGCGCAAGGUGAUCUUUCGGCACAUCAUCAGAAUCUCAUUAACAAUAAUGACAACCAACUAACACCUUCAACAAUCUGUGACGACACUCAACAAAACAUCAUCAACCCUCAUAUGGACAUGGCGUUGAACAAUGAACAAGUGCAUAGCAAUAAUAAUAUUAACAAUACGGAUAAACCAAGCACUUCCACUGCUCAUUCUUCAACACAUUCGAACUGCUUCAUUCCAGCACCAACCAUUAUUGCUUCUCAUCGCAAAAUGAACGACUACUAUGCGGAAUGUGUUCAUUUCGUUUACGCUUUUCAGCAGUAUAACGAUACAUAUCUGUUGGGUGCUGCGCGUGGUUGUUCUACGUGCUUGUUUGGUGUUCCUCUUGUGAUUCGAUUUUGCCCGGGCAAAACAACUGGUAAUGAACUCUAUGAGGAAGUCUGGUUGCAAGUAUCGCGGUUCCUUCAGAAUGGAUCAUCGGAUCGAACGCAACGGGUUAAAGGAACAAAUCGAGCGAUUGACGCAGGUGAAGAUAUUCGGAGUGGUUAUCCAUUUGAUUUAUGCACAGUGGACGCAUCGUUCGAAUGGUGUUCGCGAUGUUCAUGGGCAGCGUUUUGUCGUGGAUGUAUAUUGCCUCGCACGGCUGGUGUCAUUACUGAACGACUCGUUGCAGUUGCGGUCGACUGGAAACCAACUGCACUUUAUUUGAGAUAUCAACAUUCUGUCGAAUUGUUAUGUCGUGAUGACGAUUCAGUGUUACGUGCUUGGGAGAUACAUUAUAGAGCGUGUUCUUUGAUAUCGUGUCUGAAUGAUUUUACUCGAUCUGAACUACUCGACGAACCUAUACACUGCAAGAGGUGUAAUCUGAAAACUCCAACCAAAAAAUCUCUCUCAAUUUGGAGGUUACCAAGAAUACUUAACCAUUACGGUGCAAUGGCCUCAGGACAUUAUGUAGCAUAUGCAAAAAAUCGUGGUCAAUGGUAUGCAUUCAAUGACAGCAAAUGUCAAAUGUACUGGAUGGGUUAUCAUUUCCCACAAGCGGUUGAUCAUGAUUGGGUGGAUGCUGGGGAUUUUGAGUUGCAACGUACGUUACGUGGAUAUAUUGCAUGUAAUAAAGGUAAUAAAUGA